AUGGGCUGGAUACUCGGUGACAAGUUCGACACGGUCUACCCGCACAAGGGGUCGAUACGGAUUCUCUGGGAGACGAGAUGGAAGAUUGCAUGCGAGAGAUCAGUCUACCCCUUUCAUGACGGCAACAUCAAAGACUUUGAGCCGAUUUUCGAGCACCUAAUCAAGCACAACAUCAACGAUGCCUCGUCGGAUGAGUACACGAAAGCCUUUCUACCCGUCGCCGACUCCCUCGAACAGCGAGCCUCGACAGCACUGGAGAAUGGAGAUAGUCAGGCAGCGUCGGAACUGCUCCUCCGAGCAGCGGUCGUCUAUCGCAUAUCCCGUUUCCCGUACGUCGGCCCGAAGGAUACAGGAUUAAAGAGAGACGCCCUUGAGCGACAGAAGAAGGCGUAUAUUGCCGCCACAUCGUUCUGGCCUGCGAGAAUUGAAGAACAGCUUAUAUCAUACUCCCACCGACGCGGUAACGAGGGCACCCAUAUCCCGAUCUACGUUCGAGUACCCGCAAACGUGAACGCCGAGCGCAAAGUGCCCUGCGUCUUGAUACUGACAGGCCUCGACGGGUAUAGGCCGGAUAACAGCCAGCGGACACAUGAGAUCAUCAAGCGCGGAUGGGCAGUUGUCGUUUGUGAGAUUCCAGGCACAGCCGAUUCGCCGGCAGAUCCAGCGGAUCCUGAGUCUCCCGAUCGACUUCUCGACAGUGUUCUGGAGUAUAUGGCAUCCCGGGCUGAAAUCGACAUGUCCAGGAUUGUGAUCUGGGGCCUGAGUGCGGGUGGGUUCUACGCUGUUCGCGGAGCCCAUACGCACAACACCAGACUUGCAGGCUGCAUCGCGCAUGGACCAGGGAUUCACCAUUUUCUGGACCCAGAGUGGUUGCGCCGAGUGGAGGACCACGAGUAUCCGUUUCCGAUAGUCACCGCGUGGGCGAAGAAAUACGGCUAUGCCGAUCCUGACGAGUUCCGCCAGAAGGCGCAGGAAAAGUUCUCAUUGAUACGGACGGGGAUUGUCGAUCAGCCUUCGUGCAGGCUCCUCCUUUUAAAUGGAAUGGAUGACGGCGUCACGCCUAUCGAGGACUGUCUUGUCCUGUUCAACCAUGGUUCUCCCAAAGAAGCAAGAUUGUAUCCAGGGCUGCCACACAUGGGAUAUCCAGAUAGUCUUGUAGCGGCCUAUAAGUGGUUGGACGACGUCCUGGGUCAGGGUAAAUGCUCACGGCUGCCCAACUAG